AUGUAUCGAACGGCAUUGGCAGCGGCACUCGGCGCCGCGGGUUGGCUACUAUCCUUGCCUGCUACCGCGGCUGCGUCGACGAAGGCCGCGGUCGUGCCCAAAAGAGGGUGUGAAAACCCUGCUGCAGUGACCGUUGUCGCCGGUUCGGGCCUGAAGUCGGAGAAUGGAGUUCGGGUGAUCGAUUACAACAUCAGAUCGAAGUGGGUGGCCAAGGGCGAAGGGGAAUCGCUCUGGCUGGAGCUCGCAUCCCCUACUGUACUCGAUUCUGCCGCGAUCGCGUUUCGGAAGGCGCAAGAAGCGAUGGCGGUGACGAUCGUGGGCUACGGCAACAGCAAGAACCGGUGGAACGGCUACUCGGAGGUUGAACUGUGCGCUAGCGACACCCCUGUCGAGGCACCGGAAGUUGAUAUCGAGAUGCCGAAGACCGAGACAGAGACAAAGACUGAGGAGAUGAACAACAGCGGGCUGCCUUUCCCUACGGGAAGGAAGGGUUUCAAUAUCGCCAACAGGUGCUCGUUUCCCAUCCGUGUCGGGAGCACUGGCAGUCACGCGCUAUGCAGCGAUGGUACUGCGACAAACCCCGCGAGCGGGCAGUGCUUCUGGGCCUUGCCCGACGGCCCGCGAGAUCUUCGGCCUGGGGAAACCGGCCAGUACGUGCUACCUGAACUGGGUCUCAAGGAAGGGAGUAUCACAUGGGCGGGCAACAUCUGGGCCAGUACCGGGUGCACGUCCGAGCUCUCCACAGACUACGACGACACUUUCCCGAGCACGCCCAAGUGCGUGACCAACUUCUGCUACGCGGAUGGCACGUGUCCGGACUACUCCGGCCCCUCCGGGAUCACCACCAAGGCGGAGUUCGCCAUGGUGGAAAGCGGACUGGACUUCUACGACGUCAGCAUCAUCGACGGCGACUGCCAAGACAGCGCCAGCGAGAAGGAAGGCUACGCCUUCUGCGGCAUCUACGAAGAACGUUCGAACGGCGGCGCCUCCUUGACGGGCUCAGCGAUCCCGGGCGUCUGCGGCAAGCCUGUCGGCUGGAUCGGGGCCCAGACCUCGUGCGGCACGACAGCGAAAGAUGGGGAGACAUUCCCCGGAGGGUUUCCGUACAACUGCGACCUCGCCACCAGACACGGGACAAUCAAGCAGCUGGUAAGAUGCAGCGGGUCCACCUACAGCACGCAGGCGUGCUACCUCGUCGGAGCGGAGGACUCGUGUUGCGGCUGCCCACCCUGGGACAUCGAGAACGGCGGGUGCGUGUCGACGAACCCCGACUGGACGAACGCGGCCCUCCCGUGGGCCAACUUCUUCAAGUCGGCUUGCCCUACCGCCUACAGCUUCCCUCGCGACGACCGAACGAGCAUGUUUGUCUGCUCCGACGAGGCCACCGACAACGCGGCGACGAUAGCGGGGAAAAACACCCAGUCAUAUUUGAUCAGGUUUUGUCCUGGUGAUUCGGAGCAAAGCUUCUACGGCUGA